AUGACCAUUGACGCUGGCCAUGCAGGCCAGAUGAUCGAGUACAUCCAAGAUCGCCUCUACCUGGCUUCUUAUGACUCGACUCCAUCCUCGCGAACUCCAUUCCCUUAUCCGCUCGAGCAGCCCAAGUCUCCCAGCAAGCGGGCUGCGCGGGCUCAACCCACUACCCCGACGACCAAGCGCCGAUCUCCCGUCUACUUCACCGUUGACGAUACUCUUCUCUACAAUGCGUUCCAUGCGGACUUUGGCCCCCUCCACAUCGGUCACCUGUACCGUUUCGCAGUCCUUUUCCACGAGAUCCUCGGCGACCCCGCCAACAGUGAUCGCCCCGUCGUCUUCUACAGUAAGACGGAUGCACGCAGCCGCGCAAACGCAGCCUGCCUCGUGGCUUGCUACAUGGUCCUCAUCCAGUCCUGGCCACCCCACUUGGCCCUGGCCCCAAUUGCGCAGGCCGACCCCCCUUACAUGCCCUUCCGCGAUGCCGGGUACAGCCAGGCAGACUUUAUCCUGAACAUCCAGGAUGUUGUGUAUGGUGUUUGGAAGGCCAAGGAGCAGGGUCUGUGUGGACUCCGCGACUUCAACCUUGAAGAAUAUGAGAAGUUUGAACGAGUCGACAUGGGUGACUUCAACUGGGUUACUCCCAACUUCCUCGCUUUCGCCUCUCCUCAACACCAACCCGUUGCGCCGGUUCCCAUGAACACCCCCGAAUACGACGCCCUCCCCUCCUCCAUCUCCGAGAUUUGCUCUUCCAAGCUUCCUCUCCCAUUCAAAAACGUUCUUGUCCACUUCACCUCCCGCAAUAUUGGUCUCGUCGUUCGCUUGAACUCUGAGCUGUACAGCCCAUCGUAUUUCACCGCCCUAGGCAUCCAGCACAUCGACAUGAUCUUCGAGGAUGGCACAUGCCCCCCUCUUACACUCGUUCGGAGGUUUAUCAAGCUGGCACACGACAUGAUCAAUGUCAAGAACAAGGGCAUUGCAGUCCACUGCAAGGCUGGUCUGGGUCGUACGGGAUGUUUGAUCGGUGCUUAUCUGAUCUAUCGCUAUGGAUUUACUGCCAAUGAGGUCAUUGCCUUCAUGCGGUUCAUGCGCCCUGGUAUGGUCGUCGGCCCGCAGCAGCACUGGCUGCACCUCAACCAAGGUUCCUUCCGGGAAUGGUGGUUCGAGGACAGCAUGCGCGAGAAGUUGGCCCAAGCUGCCCCCGUCACUCCUGCUCGGGUCUCUGUCAAGAAGCGUGGAAGCAACGGUGUGGUCUCUACUCCUCCGAACAACAGCCACUCGAAGCGCGCCGCGCUUGGCGAAAUUGAUCACAAUGAGGGUGCUGCCACCCACCACGAAGAAAAUCUCCCUGCCCCAACCCCAGGACAGCCACGAAAGUCACACCGCAAGGAUUCUCGGCACCACCCUUACGCCCGCACAACUUCCGGUUCAUUGACUGUAGAGCACGAGAGCCACAAGCAGACGGACUCGCGAACUCCUCGUGGCCAUCGUCUAAGCAACGAGAGCAGUGAGAGCGAUGAGGAAAUCCAACUCCGGAUGCUGGCAAAGCGGUCCUCGCGGUCUCCUGUCGCCACAACCACCUCGCGAUCGAUUAGCUACUCGGCCACUGUCACAGCCAGCUACACCCUCACCGACGAUAUUCAUGAGGACCGCGAGAACUGGGUCGAGACGGGGGCUCCCAAGACUCCUGCCAGCCGCAAGAGCGCCGGUGGAACCGUCUCAGUUAGCAAGGUUCGGUCUAGCCCCCGGCGGGUCACAGACAGCAACAAGAGCGAGUCGCGAGGAGUGCGCAAGCCUAGUGGCCGCAUUGGCAGCACCUCUAGCCCAGCCCGGGCCACUCGCACUGCUGCUUAA